AUGACCUCCACGGUGGUUGCCACUGUGCCCGCGGCUGUGACCGUGUCCAGGAAGGAGUCUCCUGACAGAUGGGCCCUCGGGGAGGAUCCAACAGGUGCGGGCCCCUCGCUCCAGUGCCGUGUGUGUGGGGACAGCAGCAGCGGGAAGCACUAUGGCAUUUAUGCCUGCAAUGGCUGCAGUGGCUUCUUCAAGAGGAGUGUGAGACGGAGGCUCAUCUACAGGUGCCAGGUAGGGGCAGGGAUGUGCCCAGUGGAUAAGGCCCAUCGCAACCAGUGCCAGGCCUGCCGGCUGAAGAAGUGCUUGCAAGCGGGUAUGAACCAAGAUGCCGUGCAGAAUGAGCGCCAGCCACGGAGCAGUGCCCAGGUCCGCCUGGACAGCAUGGAGUCAGCCAGUGAGCUCAGACCUGAGCCCCUGGUGGCCUCCCCGGCCCUGGCAGGACCCAGUCCCCGGGGCCCCACACCCGUGUCUGCAGCCAGAGCCCUGGGUCAUCACUUCAUGGCCAGCCUCAUAACUGCCGAAGCCUGUGCCAAGCUGGAGCCAGAGGAUGCUGAAGAGAAUAUUGAUGUCACCAGCAAUGACCCCGAGUUCCCCGCAUCCCCCUGCAGCCUAGACAGCAUCCACGAGACGUCAGCUCGCCUGCUCUUCAUGGCUGUGAAGUGGGCCAAAAACCUGCCUGUGUUCUCCAACCUGCCCUUCAGGGAUCAGGUGAUCCUGCUGGAAGAGGCAUGGAGUGAGCUCUUCCUCCUCGGAGCCAUCCAGUGGUCUCUGCCUCUGGACAGCUGCCCACUGCUGGCCCCACCGGAGGCUUCUGGCGGCUCUCAGAGUCGGCUUGCCCUGGCCGGUGCAGAGAUGCGCUUCCUGCAAGAAACCAUCUCCAGGUUCCGGGCACUGGCAGUGGACCCCACAGAGUUCGCCUGCAUGAAGGCAUUAGUCCUCUUCAAACCAGAGACGCGUGGCCUGAAGGAUCCUGAGCACGUGGAGGCGUUGCAGGACCAGUCUCAAGUGAUGCUGAGCCAACACAGCAAGGCUCACCACCCCAGCCAGCCUGUGAGGUUUGGGAAAUUGCUCCUUCUGCUUCCAUCCUUACGAUUCAUCACGUCUGAACGCAUCGAGCUCCUCUUCUUCCGAAAGACCAUAGGGAACACGCCAAUGGAGAAACUCCUCUGUGAUAUGUUCAAAAACUAG